CAGCGGUAAAGCGCGGCUCGCCGGAUUCGUAAUCCAUCAUCUCAUAAUCCACUAACCCCGCGAUUAGGAUUAGCAGGGCGAGCGAGCGAGCGGCAGCGGAGCGCAUUAACUCCACUCCGGAAUUAACACCUUCCCUUCCCUUUCCUUUUUCCUUCCGAGGUUAACCAGCAUAGCGAAGCCAGCCCACCCCAGCGGCCCCAAUUUAUUGCGUCCCUCGCCCGCCCCCACCCUCCAUCGCCCCUCGCAUCGCCCCUCGCCGCGGGCCUCGCCGACGCAAACCCUCCCUGCCGCCGACGCCGACGCCGACGACGCAGCCCGAUCCCGGAGCCGCCCAGAUCCGCCGCGCGGGCGACGGCAAUGGCGGCGUAGCGCGCGCCCCCCCCCCCCCCCCCCCGGACGCCAGCGAUGGGACGCGGAGGGCUCCUCUUCCUCCUGCUGCGGACGCUCCUGCUCCUCCCCGCCGCCUCCGCGCUCCUCGCAAACAUACAGCCUAGCCCAGCGCCACAUCCGUCAAAUCCCCCUGAAACAAGAGUGUUUGGACCUCGAAUUUCCCCGGCAUUUUCUCCUGGGGUACUGUCUCCAAGAUCUCCUGGUAUCGCUGUCCAUUCACACAAACACCACAGACGACCACACCAUGCCCCUCCGCCAUCCCUAUCUCUCCCACCUGAAGCAGGUUGCUCUAGCACUGUUUGCCCCGAGCCCAUGAGUUCAACACCGAUUGGUUCCCCCUGUGGCUGUGUGCUGCCCCUUAGUGUUAUUGUUGACAUUGCUGUAGCUCCAUAUUUACUAUUCAUGCACACGGCAGAAUUGGAAGUUGAAGUUGCAGCUGGCACAUUUCUUAAACAGAGCCAAGUGAAGAUUAUGGCUGCUAUUCCAAGUAUCGAAGAUGACCAGAAGACAAGAGUCACCUUUUAUUUGGUGCCACUAAGAGAGCAUUUUGAUAGCUAUACUGCAUCCCUAAUAUCGGAUAGGUUCUGGAAUAAAAAGGUUCAGAUUAAUUCAUCUGUUUUUGGAGCUUACGAGGUUAUAAACAUUACCUAUCCAGGGCUGGGACCUGCACCACCAGCUAUGUCAUCUCUUACGUCAGGUCCUCCAGGAAAUGGAGAAUAUCCUAUAACCGCAGAUGUGCACCAUCAAAAUAAGAAAUUAGAUAGCUGGAUCAUCGUGGUAGUUGCAGGGUCCUCUCUGGUACUAAUUGUGGCAUGCAUUGGGCUCAUUAUCUUAAUAGUCAAAUGGAAGAAACUUAAGCGUUUUCAUGAGGCUGGGAACCCUGUGAUCACCCCGUCAGUUAAAAGAAGACAUGGUGGCAGAUCUCAGUCAACUAGCAUGGUGAGCUCUGUAUCAGCGUCAAUGCUCUCAACAGUGGCCACAUGUGCAGCAUCGGUAAAGACAUUUUCGCUUGCACAGCUUGAAAAGGCCACUGAUGGUUUUAGUUCAAGAAGAGUUUUGGGUCAAGGUGGGUUUGGACGUGUUUAUCAUGGGACCAUGGAUGAUGGAAACGAGAUUGCUGUUAAAAUGCUGACAAGAGAGGACAGGAGUGGUGACCGCGAGUUCAUUGCGGAGGUGGAAAUGCUCAGUCGAUUGCACCAUCGUAAUCUUGUCAAAUUGAUUGGCAUUUGCACCGAACGUGCAAAAAGGUGUCUUGUUUACGAGCUUAUACGAAAUGGAAGUGUGGAAUCCCAUCUCCAUGGUGCUGAUAAGGAUAAGGGCAUGCUGAACUGGGAUGUCAGGAUGAAAAUUGCUUUGGGUGCUGCUAGAGGCUUGGCGUACCUACAUGAAGAUUCAAACCCUCAUGUUAUACACCGGGACUUCAAAGGUAGCAAUAUAUUGCUGGAGGAAGAUUUCACUCCAAAGGUUACUGAUUUUGGUUUAGCAAGGGAAGCAACCAAUGGAAUCAAUCCCAUUUCCACGAGGGUAAUGGGGACUUUCGGGUAUGUUGCUCCAGAGUAUGCCAUGACAGGGCAUCUUCUUGUCAAGAGCGAUGUCUACAGUUAUGGGGUUGUGUUGCUGGAGCUUUUAUCAGGAAGGAAGCCCGUAGGCAUGUCCGACAACAUGGAUCCUGAGAACCUUGUUACUUGGGCUCGUCCUCUUCUAGGCAAUAAGGAGGGUUUGGAGAGGUUGAUCGACCCUUCUAUGAAUGGCAACUACAAUUUCGACAACGUAGCCAAAGUGGCAUCCAUCGCUUCGGUGUGCGUUCACAGUGAUCCAUCACAGAGGCCAUUCAUGGGUGAAGUAGUCCAGGCACUGAAGCUGAUUUACAAUGACGCGGAGGAGGCCGUCGGCGAUUCCUACAGCCACAGGGAAUCAUCAUGUGACCCGGACGACGACCUCCAGGGCGGCUUUGUCUUUGACAGUGGUAGCGGUAGCUGGUGGAACAGCGGGGCUUCCGGGUGCCUAGACUACCGGAAUCCCUCACCGUUCAUAAACAUGGAGUACAGCUCUGGCCGAAUAGAAGCGAGGCAGGAGCGCGAAGGUGACCCUUACUCGGUAGCGUUGACAGGCGCCCGUGUACAAAAACGAGCACCCCAGAGUAGAUCAGCCCCUCUGCAAAUCAGGAAGCUCUCCCCGUCUCACUGGUCAAGAGGCAGCUUCAGCGAGCAUGGGCGGCCGCCUCUCCAUUGAUUUGAUAAACUAGCGUUAGACCAACUGUUAGCUUCGGUUUUUUUAGACUUGAGACAGAGGCUGGGGGGAAUGCCAUUCGCCGAUUCGCCUCCCGUUGAUUCUUGCCUCUGGUCAGUGUACAGUUUUCCGACAGAGUCCCAGCCAGUGACUCUCUCUCUGUCUCUGGUAGUCUGAUGAUGUUUGUAAUCUGCCUUGAGCUGCCCUGCUUCCCUAGAAGAAACGACGAUGGGGCUGGCGACGUGGCUGGCAGGUGCUGUCUAAUUUUUGGAAAUCGUGGUUCGUUCUUCAUGUAUCAGGUUUGUGUGAUCUUGGUAGGGGAAUUAUUGCCAGAAAUCUGGGCGAUAUCAUUCAUGUUGUUGUAUCGUGCGUGCCUUGCCGAUGUACUGGACUGUUAACAGUUGAAGUGAUUUUACUCUCAUUGGUGAGGUGAAAAAAUAUAUAGUUUCCAGUUCAGUUGACUUCA